GUGACCGUGUUACUUGCUAGGUUUUUCAGAGCCGGGCCACUUGAACUCAGGAAGGUUGUAAUUAUGGACAAACGGCAGGGAAUUCCCCAACUCUGACUUUGACUGGAAUGCAGCAUAAUGUACAAGAGCGUCUGUUUCAUCAGGUAUGACUUCUGAAGAUGUUGUUUAGGUGUUACAAUUGAAAGGCCAGUUUCGGUGACUUACAGUAGAGAACAUCUUGUGACCUUUCGGGGAAUGCGUUCCCCUGCAAUUUCCUUUUUGAAGUUUAUUUAAUUUCAUGUCAGGCUGACAUAACAAGAUAAACUCUUCCUUCUGUGGCUCGAGAUCAUUCAUUCAUUCAUGUUCAUAAUUAAAGCUCAUUCUGCUGCAGACGUCUCUCUACGGGAGAGAUUUCCUGCUGGUGUUUUGAUGUAGUAUUGCCAGUGAUAAAGACUCUCUCUGCCCUUUUAUCUUAGGAAUUAAGAUCAGUACUACUGUCCGAUCAGUUCACGGUCAAUAGCGCUGCUGGCGUUUUACAAAAUGAAGGAUGUGGAAGUGUGUGUGUGUGUGUGUGUGUGUGUGUGUGUGUGUGUGUGUGUGUGAGUGAGAGUCAGAACUAGAGGUUAAAGGUAAAAAGUAAUAGUCUGCAAAUCUCUGGCAUUAUCAAGAUUUAGUGAUAAGACAUGCAGAGGUUGGAGUGAAGUCAUUUCUUAAGACAUUCUUUGGACUAAAAGGGCUGAGCCAAAUAUUGAGUUAUUACAUUAUGCCCUCAACCUUCCCACAGAGUGCACUCUGUAUGAUCAGGUUAUUAAACUAGAAUAAAAACUAGAACUGGAAGAAAAACUGUGUUUAGAUCUCCACAGCUGUUUUUUUCAUAUAUUUAGAUAUUUUUUUAUCAUAUUUAGAUAAAUUGAAGAAAGAGAGAAAAUUGGAGCGUGACAGAAAAAUAGUCUACAACUAUUUUGAUAAAUGAUACGUUUACAUUGUCAGUAACUUAAUUUCAGACCAAAUUUAAGAUAGUAAACAACUGUUUUAUUGUGACUUUCAUGAUAAAAAGGUCGUCGCAGCUCGCAUCAUUAUGUAAUUAAAAUCAGAAGUGUCCAUCAACAUGUCCCUGAGCAAGACGCUGAACUUCUUCCGGUUCACUUGUUAUUUCUACUGUAACAUCAAGAGCAUCGCCGCCUGAAGUGCAACAUGCAAAUAAAACCAUCAACACAGAUUACCUGUCAGUUGAAGUGAGCUGAACUCGACACGUGAGUGCAGUGCACUUCGGGGGUUGACGGAGAUAACACCUGUGACUCAAUCUUGUUUAGUGGAGAGAUAAGCUUGUUGGGAGUUUUGUUAUCUCCCAAUGUUGCCUGAUCACUUGAGAGCAGCAUGAGGCUGCCUUUGCCUUAUAAAGCUACAGCUCAUGGGGUGGCACCUUGACACUCACAGGGUAUUUAUAGUCUUUGAAGUCAUCCCACAAAUGUGCUAUUGUAAAGGAACUUUUGUUUCUUGCCAAAAACUCUGUUGCACUGGUUCCAAUGUGCUAUUCUGCUGUGAACAUCCAGGCACUGAGCUUCCCUUUGUCCUUGCCUUAGUUUAUCCAAACUAUGACACGUCCCACAUUAUUGUUUCUAUUAUUAUGUAACUAAACAUAGAAAACAAACAGAUGCAUUAUAGCCCAACAAUACUAGUCAGUAUUAGUAUUGAUAUUUGGAAGUUUAAAAAAUAGGGAUCCUUUAGAUUUGUUGUUGUUGUCGUUGGUCGGUUUACAUCUUUGGUCCUGAAUGAAAUAUCUAAACAAUUCUACGAUGGAUUUCCAUGAAAUUGGUAGAAACAUUCAUAUUUGCUUCAGGAUAGUAAUUCUGGUGAUCCCCUGACAUCAGCACGUUAGCAUUUGUUAGCAUUUAGCUUAGCGCUGUAAGUACACAGAGCUGCUAGCAUGACUGUAGGCUCUUAGCGGCGGUCGAAUAUUCCUUUUUGCUUAGGAAGGUUCCUCACUUAGGGAAAUGACCCGGAAGUAUCUAACAAACAGCCCUGAUAAGAGCUGGUCUGAUUCUAUAAGUGCAAAGGAAAAGUGCUUCAAUGCUUCCUUUCUUAUCUCCUUUAGCAUCCUUUACGAAAGGUGAUAGUGGCGUCCCACAAUUCCAUGCGACAGCACCACAGCAUACCCACGUCAAUAACAUCUGCUGAGGCAUUGUUACGUAGCCUAGAGUAAGGGCAGCCGGAUUCUCUUAACGCCGCAUGGCUUUUUCCUAAAUAUUCAACAAUUCUUCUUCACAUCUUUUCCUUGACCUCAUGAUGUUUUCCAUCCAGGUCAAGGAAAAGUGGAAAGGAAAUGUUUUUAUCAUGAAUACUUUCACACAGAACAUGAAUAUUAAUUACGUGGCAACAAAGCAACGUACUUCUUUUUCGGAAGGAGGUGGAUUUUUCUGAGCUUUUCGCGCCGCGCAUAAAGGCAUCAACCAAUCAAGUCUCUGGUUGAACAUAUUGUGUCCUUUUUGGUUUACAAAGAAAAGAGAACGCUGUAAAAAUGAAAUAAAUUCUGUGAUUUAAAUUCUUCUCCUUAGUUGAAACGCUGGUAUCCAUAGAGAGCUCUAAAAGGGAAGAAUGAUUCUAAAUUCUGCCUCCCACCACAUACUGUAUGUGCCGCCCCUCCCUUUCUCUGAAAAUGCCUGGUCUCUAAUCACUUGACGGGCACAAUCAUUAGCCUACUGCUUUCCAAAGGUUGCAAACGCAGAACACAUUUACGAUUCCUUCGAGAUAAGAUGUGCUUCCUACAUGCACAAAAAAAAACAAGAAGGGGAGUGCUCCUCAGUAUCUUGUUAAUAACCCCUUUUCACAUUAAACUGCACUGUGUACCCUUGGCUUUAUAUGAAAGGGAGCCAUGGUUGAAAAUAAUGACUUUUCUAAAAUGAGGGUGAAGUGUGAUGACAGAGUGUGCUCAAGAUAGGGAGUCGAUUUGGGAGCUUUGGCCCAGUCGGGGUCGUCAAAAUCUGACACUAAUUUGGCUCGUAUGCUCGCUGACCUGCAGCCCUUUGGGAGUGAAAGCGCUUUCAGCUGAGUAGACCUGGACAGCAGGGGAUAGUAGCUUUGGUUAGUUAAAGGUGAAGAAGAAAGCCGAGCUGGAGCCAAUUUCACUACGAGUUCAUUGAGUUCGAGGGUAACAAGGGCCCGGUAAAGUCCCUGGUUGUUGUGUAUGAAAGACAAAAUGGAAAUGUAAUUCUGUGUUUGGGCAGAGACUUUUUCCCCUGACCUUUUAAAAAACAAUUAGAUCACACAGAUACUUUGCCAUGUAUUGUAAGGGACAUAACUCAAUAUAACUAUGUAUUGAUGAAGUGCCAGCCUGCUUGUUCUGACUGCAGCACUGGAAAUUGAAUAGCUGUAAUGAGGUUCAUACUGUUAAUGAGUUUAGAGUAUAUACACAUUUUCAUACACACAAGGAUUUAAUGUUUUUUUCUCGCAGCACUACCGUUUUAGAUAUACCACUAAUUUAAAAUCCAUUAAUUUGACAUGCUUUACUUUAAUUUGAAUCAUUAAAUGCCAAAUAAGCAGAUCAGUAUCAUGCAACUUUCUUCCCGUAAGUCACGAAUCAUGUAAAAUAGAAGAGAUAGUGGCAGCAUUGCUAGUUAACUUUGUGUGAAAAGGACAACGUAACCUUAUGUUUCACAAUUAUGUUAAUACUCGAGAGAGAGAACAGAUGUUGGAAUUCAAGGCUAUCCGAGUUCAAGGUCGGGCCUCGGAGCAGAUGAGCUGCACAGGAACUAAGUGUCUACACGCAGCAGAAAAAAAAGUGAAGAGUUAAGCAGCCACAUAAGCUACGUAGAGUCCAGAGAUCACAUGUUGUCUGUCUUGUGUGGUAUUAAUCAUACUGCUGACCAAGGGCUGUUCUGGAGGCUCUGAGGAGAUUUGCACUCCCACUUAUCUGCAGAUCACUAUACAUACAGAGAGUGAGAACUCAUAGACAGUAGGAACUCUAUUUUUGAAGGCCUGAUUUUAGAAUUUCCUUGACGUGGUAAUUAUCUGGAGGAUGUUUCAAUUUAAGAUGUUUUUCCCCAUUUGUCAGUCAAACACAGUGGGUUAACGUAUCAGUUCCUGUACAGCGGAGAUUAUUUACUGAAUACAAUAAAGCUGGUCAGCAGUUAUACAUUUUCACUGAGGAAGGCCGGAGUGUGCUGCCUGGUUUGUAUUACACACUGAUUAAAAGAAUUUAAAAUAGAGAUGAAGUAUGCGUUCAUAUAUUUCAGCUUUGACUGUCGUAUUACGUUUUGCCGAGUUGGCUGUUGGUAGAUGCUGUCUUGUGCUUUUUGUUUUCUGUCUUUAUCUGUAAAGUCAGAAAAAUACAUCUAGCUAAUUCAUGAAUUAAAGCUCUUUGCAAUAAGUAGUUUUUUUUUUUAAACAAUGCCAGUAUGUGAGAAUUGACAUUUCCUUUCGGAGAUAAGCGAAUCCUUCAUUUACAGUUUAAGAUUGUUCCCUGCGAUACCGGCGCACAGUCACCACCCACCGGUCAGACGGGCCGUGAUGAGCAAUGUCUCAGACGAUAAGUCUGCUCAUGACAACACCGUGCCAGACUCCACCUGCUCUAAAUGCAGAUAACUAUUGUUUGGCUGUGCAGAGGACAGCUAAUUAGUUGUUCCUGCUUAAUGUGCAGUGUGUAUUCUCAGAGAGACGUAUUGCGGUGAAGUUUAUUAUAACAAUCAUAUCUGUGCUUAAAAAACAAGAAAUGAAAGGGGGGAAGUGAAAUAACCCAUUUUGAGAAAUGGUAGAAUAACAGUGUGUGGAAUUUGUAUUUUACCGUAAUGAUUGCUGAGGCUGUAAGGCUUCCUCUCCUCGUGUUGUCACCUUAGUAAAAUCACAUUCUUAGACCUUUUAUGGUUACUGGAGCUAUGACAUUAGACUCAGCAGAGAUACUGCCAUGAGUUAUUACAGUGUCACUGUGAAAAAAGCUAUCCUCCUGACAGCCCUCGCCGGCUAUUAUUUCUCCUCACUGCCUCGAGGGUUGCAGGAAUAUUUUUGUUCCACCCUUUGGCUACCGCAGCUCUAAACCUCACUCUACUCACUGAUGGCUGCUUGCAAAGUUAAGGAAUUUAAACUUGCACAUGAAGAAGAAGCUCAAUCCCCUUUGGAUUGUAACGUGAUUAUAUGACUUCAAUGUAAAGCAUUCAUUGUUGUUGUCGGUGUUGUUUUUUUAUGAGCUGUCUUGCAGUUAGCUAGAGGAGGAGCCAGUUGUCUGGCUGCAUGUAGGAGUUGAACUGUGUGCGUUAGUUGAUUUACCCUCUACUAUCUGCAAAGCAUGCCUGCUAUGUGUCUGUCACCAUUUAGGGAAUUCAUGAAUGACUUGCAGCAGAAAAUUCUCUGGAGCCGUAUUGUGCAUGACUGUGUUUUUUGUAUUUGCAUAUAAUGUAAAUUGUUGGCAUGUGGUAUCCUACUUGAGCAUGAAAACAAUUGGAUGAAAUAAAAGUCAAAUGGGUGACCGAGCUGGGUCAAGUUCCCACUAGGAGGCGGGAGGCAAAACCCUAAAAUCCCCAGAGGGAACAACCCAGACACUAAUUUAAAAAAAUGCUUUUAUGUCUGUAUUUGUGCACGUACAACCACAUGUAUGUACCUUGAGGAGGGCAGCAGAUAUGUGUGUGUGUGUGACGGUGUGUUCAUGUGCUCACUAUAUUGGUUUCUUUUAAUAUGUCUUGGAUUAUGUUUUUCAUUUGGAGAAUAUUUGAAAGUGCUCCAGACUGGGAGCGUACUGUCAGUAAAUCUUUCAGAAGCAUUUUUCUGUGGCUGGUACAGAGUGAGCUAAUUUUAACUACUUUAAAAGUACUCAACAGUAUAUAAUCUAUAGCAAUGCAUCAUAUUUAAUGAGCUCAUCAAAGCUUUUUGGCGUAUAAUUUAACAGUAAAAUAUUCUGGUGAACAGAACGGUAGUUUAAGUUUGCUAAAUACAUUUCCAUUGCAGAAAAGAAAACAUUUUUCUUUGUUUUUUGGAUGUUUUUACAGCAUUGUUUGAAAAUAAAUACGCCGCAUUCUCAAUCUGGUUUAAGUGAACUAAGGGCUGCAGCUAAUAAUUGUGUGCGUGUGUGUGUGUGUGUGUGUGUGUGUGUUGAGGGGGUGUGCUGCUAAAAUAAUGCCCCAGCUGUCCUGAUAUCCCACAAUUCUACUCAGCUGCACGGUGGAGUGUGAUAGGCUGGUGGAGAGGGGGAACUGCAGCAGAGUAGCACCGCUGUCAGGAAACAGAAGCCCACUCUGAAUGCAACUCGCGUAAACCAGCUGAACGAGGACGGUUUACCUGCGUGAUUCACCAUGACAACUGAAUCAGGAGCAGACUCGGAGGCCAAACAGCCGCAGGAGAACAAGGAGACGGAGAAGGCGAAGGCUAAAGCAGCAGCCGAACCCACCUCGCCUCAGAACCAACCGGAGCAGCUCCCCGCCGCCGCCGCCGGACACAGCACCCCGGCCAGGAAGGAACAGGAGCAGCAGGAGGGGGACCAGGUAUCACACAGGUCAUCCACCAGUCGUCUCUCCAGGUCUCCUUUGAAAGGAGUGAAGAAGACGAAGAUCAUGGAGUGUAAAGUCACCAUGCUGGAUGGCUCCGACUUCACACUCAAUGUAGAGAAACGAGCCAGGGGCCAAGUGCUCUUUGACAAAAUAUGUGACCACCUCAAUCUCCUGGAGAAGGACUACUUUGGCAUCACAUGCAGAGAUGUAGAGAACCAGACGAAUUGGCUGGACCCUUCCAAGGAGCUAAAGAAGCAGAUCAGGACCGGACCCUGGAACUUUGCUUUCAACGUCAAGUUUUACCCUCCAGACCCCUCCCAGCUGACUGAGGAUAUCACAAGGUACUACCUGUGUCUGCAGCUGAGAGACGACGUGGUUUCAGGCCGUCUGCCCUGCUCCUUUGCCACCCACACGGUGCUGGGCUCCUACGCAGUGCAGUCUGAACUGGGAGACUACGACCCCGAGGAAUUAGGCAGCGACUACAUCAGCGAACUGCGCGUCGCACCCAACCAAACCAAAGAGCUAGAGGAGAAGGUCAUGGAACUCCACAAGACCUACAAGGGCAUGACACCAGCCGAAGCAGAGAUACACUUCCUGGAAAAUGCCAAGAAGCUGUCCAUGUACGGCGUGGACCUCCACCAUGCUAAGUUGGUAGGGAGUCUCUAUGAAUGCUUGGCUCCAACUGAGGGAGAGGACUCUGAGGGAGUGGAGAUCAUGUUGGGAGUUUGUUCAAGUGGCCUGCUCAUCUACAGAGACAGGUUGCGAAUCAACCGGUUCGCUUGGCCCAAAAUCCUAAAGAUCUCCUACAAGAGGAACAACUUUUACAUCAAGAUCCGGCCCGGCGAGUUUGAGCAGUUUGAAAGCACGAUUGGUUUCAAGCUUCCAAAUCAUCGCGCUGCCAAAAGGCUGUGGAAGGUCUGUGUGGAGCACCACACCUUCUUCAGGCUCAUAUCCCCCGAGGCUCAACCCAAGAAGUUCCUGAGCCUCGGCUCCAAGUUCCGCUACAGCGGCAGAACGCAGGCCCAGACCCGCAGGGCCAGCUCCAUGAUCAUCAGACCUGCUCCGCUCUUCGAGCGCUCCUCCAGCAAACGCUACAACAUGUCGCUCAGCUUAGAUGGAGCACCAAUGACGGAGAACCACGAGACUCUGAUGAAGGACAGCGCCGAUGAUGGGGCGGCCAAAAUCAUCACCAAGGGAGACAUCAUCACCACGGUAACGACGGAGAAGAAGGCCGAGGAAGAGAAGGCGGAGCAGGAGGACGCUGGCAUGGAUGCUGCUGAGACGCAGGAACCGACCACCACAACACCGCUCAGACAUGACGCGAAGUGCUCCUCCCAUGUGUACACAACCGACCCCCUCCGCUCUGAGCUCUCUCUCCCCUCAUCUCCUGUUUCGUCACCUAAAGUGCGGCGGAGGCGCAGGGAGAACACGCGUAAGCGGGCCUCGUCGGUCAGUCCAGCCAAGAGCUCUGCUGGGUGCCGCCGCCGGCAAGCCCACGCCGACCGCAAGGCCGCCCUGCUGGACGAGCAGGUGCUGCUGCUCUCGGCCCGCAAGCAGAGGCUGGAGCAGGGCAAGAGCCGCGGCGGCACGCUCUUCUCCUUCUCCCUGCACCUGCCCGACCUGUCCUCCUUGCUGGAUGAGGACGGCUACAUCUCCUUUCCCGACAUGUCAGAGAUGCGCUUCCUCCCUAUGUGCGCGCAGAACUUCCUGCCUAUUAAGUCACCGUCACUCAUCCCCUGCUUCCUCUUCAUCUUCUUCUUCCUGCUCUCCACCUCCUUCUCCGUCCCUUACGCCCUCACCCUCUCUUUCCCCCUGGCGAUGUGCCUCUGCUACCUGGAGCCCAAGGCAGCCUCCCUGACCGCUUCCAUAGCCCAGGGCUACCAUGACCAUGACAGUUCAGAGGAAGAGGAGCAGACCGACAGCGAACAAACUGACUUUGCCUUUGAUGGAGAGAUGACCGCCACAGAGUCGGACGCAGACGACGACUCUGAGAUGCGGACUCAGGACACCUCGCCUCCAGAAGAGAUGGUCAAACACCAGACCAACAUCAGCGAGCUGAAGCGCUCCUUCCUGGAGACGGGCGAGAGCACGCCAGGCCUGACGGAAUGGGAGAAGAGGCUCUCGUCGUCCCCUGCGCGCUCACCCAGAGCGGACGAAGCGCCAAUGAUAGAGCCGCUGGAGCUGCAGGAUGCUAAAGACGAGCAGCCGGCAGGAGAAGAGACAAAAGAGGAGGUAGAACCUAAAGCCACUGAGGCGGCAGGAUAUCUGGUGAAAUAUGUGGUGGAUAGUAUCGCAACAGAUUUGGUCUCCUCCUCUGGGCCACACGGGAUUAGUCUGUCAACCACUAUGGACGACGACGUCUUCGUGGACGGGACCCUCAGGGAGGUGGACGAGGUGUCGGAGAGGGCCGAGAUGAAGGUCAGCCCCGGAGCCGUCAGACAGGAAGUGGUCCAGGCCAUCAGUGACAAGAAAGGGACGCUCAUUAUCUUGAAGGAGGCUGACGAUAAAGCAGACACAGAGGGCAAAGAGACGAGUGCUGCAGUUGACGAAGAGGAGCCUGUUGUCCCUGGAGAGGCCGAGGCUGAGGAGAACGAAACGCUGUCUGCCUCUAAAGAGAAAGAAUCUAUCAAAGAAGACACUUCUGAUGUUAUAGAAGCCAAAACCACUGUGGUCAAGAUGCAGAGUCCGAAGAUAGAGAUAAAAACUGAUGACAUGACUCAGACUAAAGGUACUGACUCGCCUAAAAAGGCCAUGGCAUCCUGGAUAUCUGAGGCCGUGAAGACCGAGGCUUCCGAGGUCAUCAGUGUGUCGACAAAGGAAGUAAAAGAGACAAAAACGUCUGACGCCCUGCAGCAGAAAGAAGAGUUCUUCACCUUAGAAGAGAUCCAAACAGAGCCGUCAAAGUCCAGCGUGUCUCAGAUUACAGUUUCUGAAUCCUCUACUACGUCCUUAGCAGUGUCUACGCUGGGAUGGGUUUCCUCCUCUGAAAAGGGAUCCGCUGAACCGGAGGAGAAGAUGGUGGUUGCCACGGAGACAGAGGCAGCACCGGCCGAGUCGACAGGGCCAACGGGCCUUAACGUCGUCGAGGUGGGAACCAAAGAGGUGCCUGUCGUCCACACGGAGACAAAAACUACCACCUAUGAGUCUGCAGAGGUUGACUCUAACGGCGACAUAGACCCCGGGGUGUUGCUGAGUGCUCAGACAAUCACCUCGGAAACCUCCAGCACCACGACAACCACACACAUCACAAAGACGGUGAAAGGAGGAAUAUCAGAGACAAGGAUUGAGAAAAGGAUCGUCAUCACGGGAGACACAGACAUCGACCACGAUCAGGCUCUGGCUCAGGCCAUAAAGGAGGCUAAAGAACAGCAUCCUGACAUGUCAGUGACCAAAGUAGUGGUUCAUAAAGAGACAGAGAUCACGCCAGAGGAGGGGGAGGACUGACCCAGGAGUAAAAACACCCGAGGGCUGUUUUCUGUUUCGACUUCCUACAUCCAGAACUCCACAUAUUACUCCGGGACUCUCAGAAGACUAGAAAGGCUCCUACUCUCCUAAUGCUGCAGCCCCGCCAGCUAGUCGCAAACCCCUCACCUUGCAAAUUAAAUAAAUGCAUCUCGCAUGAGAACGACGCAAUGUUGCAUUAUCAUACAAAAUGGCAAGAUUAUACCGAAACACGUACGAUUCUUAAAAGUGGUUCUCGAUUCAACCUGCACGCCGAAUCUUGUGUGUGUGUGUGUGUGUGUGUGUGUGUGUGCAGCAAGCAAACGGUUUGCUUACACUGCCUUAUGACUCUGAUGCAUUUUUAUGAUUCUUGAGAAUAAUUACUGUAGCAAUGUUUUAUUUAUGAAAUAAAGCCAUCACUCCAGAAACUUAAAAUCGCUGUAGGCUGUAUGUGUUAGGGAGCAUACGCUAUUUAACCUUCCUGUAGAAGUGCCAACCUCAUUUGCCAGCAAGCAUUGCCUCACUUACUCCAAACAAGCCGAUGAUUUUUUUCCGUCUGGUGUGCCACUACAGCAGAAAUCACUACAGCCCAGUUCUGUACAUAUCAACGCUUUCCGAGGAGAAUAGCAAAUGUAUCUUUCCCGGUUGAUUUUAUUCACGUCUACUUGAAUUGCAUUUUUCCUUUUUUAUGAUCAUUUCAGUAUUUUUAUCGUUUUUUCCUCGUCGAUUUUGAUUCCACCAACACGCUCUGUUCUGCCAAGGAGUCAAGUUUUCUGUGCAAGAAAUAGAUUUUAAUGUGCCUGUGCAGGCUUUUGAAUGUUCUCCAGGGUAGAUGAUCAGCUGCAGCAGCGCCACAAGUCCCAGGUUUGUGUGACUGUGAGGCAAAGGGCUCAGACUGCCGAGCUCUGCUCAAAUUAGAUGCAAAGCCAAGAGAGAUCUGUCCACCUCCCCCCCACCCCCACCCCCACCCUGAACAUGUCAACUAUAUGCCUCCCUCAUGUGUUCAACUCUAUCUGAAUAACCGAGUCUUGUUCGUGUACAGCCAUGUUUUCCUCAAAAAGGUGAAAUAAAAGUGGCAAAUGCAUUUGUUUUAA